AUGGCACUAGUUGAUGCUAAUUAUAAUUUUAUUUUCGUUGAUGUCGGGUGUCAAGGAAGAAUAAGUGACAGUGGUGUAUAUCGAAACACAGAUUUAUGGAAAAAAUUUGAACAUGAACAGCUUAUGCUUCCAGCAGAUGAACCACUUCCUGUCAAGACCAAUAUGUUACCACAUGUAUUCGUAGUGGAUAGCGCAUUUGCUCUAAAUAAGCAUAUGAUGAAGCCGUAUUCUGGUGUUUAUGACGAGGGCAAUAAAAAAAGAGUAUUCAAUUAUAGAUUAUCUAGGGCACGAAGAGUGGUAGAGAAUGCCUCUGGUAUAAUGUCAUCAGUUUUUAGAGUAUUCAGACGUCCAAUGUUACUCAAUCCCGAAAAAAGUGACAAAUAUAACAAUGUGUGCAUUGCUGCACAAUUUUUUAAGAAAAAGUAA